AUGGCGAGACCUCGAAUUGUCCGAGCUGACACCCUUGAUCUUCAAGAUCACCAUGCCCCAUUUGCGAAAGAUCAUUCGAAAUACCCCAUUGAAACCGAUAGUGGGCUUGCCCCUCAUCAGGAAAACACCCUUCGACAUGCAGAUCAAGAUUCGAGAGCUGAAAUGCUUAACGACCCCGAUACCGACCAGCUGAACGGCAAUCAUUACCACGAGGGGAUGGAUAUUCACGACGGAUUAGAGGGAAUAGACGAUGGCUUAGGCCAUCAUAAUCGCGGCGCGGGCUCAGAAGAAGGCGAUCUUGCCGAUGAAGAAAGUGAUGACAUGUUGGAUGAUGACCUGAUGGACAAAAUAUCGAGUUCACCAUCAAUUGAUGAUGAGGAUAUCGAUUUCGAAUUCGUGUAUGCGCUUCAUAAUUUCGUCGCCACGGUUGAUGGACAAGCCAAUGCAGCAAAGGGAGACACAAUGGUGCUUCUCGACGAUAGCAACAGCUACUGGUGGCUUGUGCGAAUUGUAAAGGAUGGCAGUAUAGGGUACUUGCCUGCUGAGCAUAUUGAGACACCCACGGAAAGACUUGCAAGAUUAAACAAGCAUAGAAAUGUUGAUCUAUCAGCAACGAUGCUUGGGGAUAAUUCAGAAAAAUCGAAGAAUCCACUGAAGAAAGCAAUGCGUCGCAGAAACGCGAAAACCGUUACAUUUACUUCUCCUACUUACAUUGAAGCAUCCGAUGUCGAUUAUUCGACCGACGAUGACCUGGAUGAUGGAGACUCUCUUAGCGAUGGAGACAUGUUGCGUGAAGAUGAUGAUAUCCGGGAAGACCAAAACGACGACAUUGUCGUCGAACCUCUGAGGCCAAAGCCAAAUCGCGACAGGGUCUCUGAUGAGUCGGAAAUUGUGGACGAGCUUCAUCAGUCUGGUUCUAUCAGUCCUGAGAAGCAACGUUCGAGUCAAGAGAUAUCAGAUGCAACAAACGAGAGUACCAUCAGCAGGUCUCGAAACGGAACCGUGAGGAAUACGGAUUCCUUUUUCAAAGACGACACUGUUGAGACCAAGAAAAUAUCUCUAACACCUAACCUGCUUCGUGAUGAAGUGAACAACAGCAACGUUACGACUGAGACUAAGGAGGGUCGCGGAAGCCUUGAAAACUUUGAUAAAGCUUUAGGCUUAAAUGACAAAGGUAAAGAAGAUAAGAAGAGAAAAGACAAGAAGCCAGGCAUGCUCAGUGGGCUCUUCAAAAGGAAGGAUAAGAAAACUAAGUCAAAUGAAGACGAUGCCGAGGAACCCGAAAAGAUUUCAGGAGAAUUAUCUCGAACCUCGCCAACACCGAAGACGUCCUCUGAGUCCGUUUCAUCCCCAGAGUCCCGGCCGUCUAAAAUCACACCGGCACAAAAGCAGGCGAGUAAGCUACAGAAGCCAACCUCGAUCAUUACUUCUCCCUCCAAGCAAGAACCACAGCAGGGAACCGUUGUCUCUCAGCCCAGCCUGGGUGGCGAGGAUGCGCUUCUCAAGGUCAAACAGAAGUCGGAUACAAUUCGACAAGUUUUGGCUGACGACGAUGACGUUUUACCUCCAUCCCCAGGUCCCAUAGUUCCUGUGAACAUGGAGGAAGUCAUAACUCCUCCUGUUGACAACACAACCUCUUUCACCAGUCGUAGUCCUAGCAAGACUGACGAUCUGAAUGCUUCAAUCGAGUCUCCAGAAUCACCUCCUGAGCCGAGGCAGAGCCCGUAUGACCGAAUGGUGAACCUUCAACCUUCUGUGUCAUCCCCACCACAAAGAUCCCCCCAGAAACAGCAAAAUGAGUAUCACGACCGGACUGUAGAAUCUCCUGUGAGUGUGUCGCCCAUGGAGACGAGUGCUCCACUCGGCCUUGGGCCGACUCUGUCCUCUCCAAGAGACCAGUCUGCGUCCCCGAUCUCGCCGCCAUUCUCUCCAAAUGACGACAAAACUGCCGGUUCAUUGAGUCCUCCACUGGACGUGAUCUCUCCUGAUACCCACACGUGGAGCGACGCUAGCUUGAGGUCAUAUCUUGACGAUGAGAACGAUAUCCGUGACCUGUACAUCAUUGUGCAUGACAACUCCAACAUUCCACCUGCCGGUCCGGAACAUCCAAUUACAGGCAGUCUGUUCAAGGAAGAGAGCAGAAGAAUCAAGGAAAUGGGUAGCCAGUUAGAUCUGAUGCUCGCUGACUGGGUCGGUCGGCGGGCACGAACUGCAUCUGCAACGAGGUCGGCAAGCAUUGCAUCUUCAUGA